AUGGCGUGCACGGUGCUGUUGCUGUGCGUGGGCUGCGCCGUCGCCGUGGACGAGCAGGGCGCGGCGCUGCUGGCGUGGAAGGCCACGCUGCGGGGCGGUGACGCGCUGGCCGACUGGAAGCCGAGCGACGCGUCGCCGUGCCGGUGGACCGGCGUGACGUGCGACGCGGGCGGGGGUGUCACGGAGCUCAGCCUGCAGUUCGUCGACCUGUUCGGCGGCGCGCCAGCCAACCUGACCGCCCUGGGCGCCACGCUGUCCCGGCUCGUCCUCACCGGCGCGAACCUGACGGGGCCUAUCCCGCCGGGGCUCGGCGAGCUGCCGGCGCUGGCGCACCUCGACCUCAGCAACAAUGCACUCACCGGGAGGAUACCAGCGGAGCUGUGCCGGGAAGGGAGGCACACUUCCGGACGCCAUCGGCAAUCUCACGGCGCUCCGUGA